AUGACCUCAAAAUCGGUUUCUGAGAAGCAAAGCAUGCCGACAGGCACAGGAGGGGAGGAUCAAACACAGACCGGAUAUGCUCAAGAGGUUAAGGUGGGCAUUUCUUUAUCAUUUGCUACUCUAGGAUGGGUCGCGUUAGCCGGCAGCGCACCAUUCCUCGCCGGGACCCAAAUACAGGGCCUUCUCAUACUCAACUACCCCGACUCGUAUACUUCCGAGAGCACACUAGGACUUCCAUUCUCCCGAGUCGUGUCCAAGGUCGAGCGGAAACGCGGGAUCCCCACUAGUGCCAUUAUCGUCACAACCUGUCUACUCGUUCUCCUUGGACUCAUCAACAUCGGCUCUACAACGGCUUUUAAUGCCAUCCUCUCUCUCGCAGUUGUGAGCCUUCAAGCUUCAUAUCUAUUCCCGAUCAUCCUUGUGCUGUGGUGCAGAAUCUUCUGUCCGGAGACUCUGGUAUGGGGGCCUUGGCGCCUCGGACCGGCCGGAGUGGCAGUUAAUGUGGCCGCCGUGUGCUAUCUGGUUUUCACAUGCGUAUUCCUCAUUCUUCCUCCUUUUCAACCCGUUACCGCCCUCAACAUGAACUACGCGCCAGUUGUUCUCGGUGCAGCUUUGCUAUUCGGUGCAGUUUAUUGGCUGUUACGGGCGAGGAAGAGGUAUAUUGGGCCUCUGACGGAGCUGCAUGUAAUGAAAGGCCGUGAUACUGUUUAA